AUGGCCUACCCUCAUAUUUUUAUGGACGAGACGCGAUUUCGAUCUUCACAUCUGCAUUAUGGCUUCAAUGUCAUUCCUUUGCAACACGUAACGUCAUCAUAUGGCUUCGACAACGGAGUAGGCUCCGCAUAUUACUACCAUACCACGUACAGCGCGCCAAGAUACUUUCUGGAUGCCGCCGACCAGAUCAAUCAGAUAUACAUGCAGCAGAGCGGUGUCAGGUGGUAUAGCGAUGCUCAAAUACAGCGCGCAAAUCUCAACGCCGCUAUCGCGAAUGGUGCCAUCUUCUGCCUGCCAGAGCCCGUUCUCUUCGUCCAGCCAAUGCGAUGCCCAUCCGGCGCCUACCCUCCAGGUUUUGCAACGCGGCGGCACAUAUCCGACUUUCUACGCAUGGGAGAUGAGCAGCUGCAUCAGAUUAUGCUGGCCUACAAUUUGUUACCCGGCAGACCUCAAUAUACAUUCGCCCUUCGAAAUCGACUGCUUGCACAGCAAUAUGCCCUCACCGGGCCGGUGACACGCCUCGCGAACCUUAUUGCCCUCUUCGAUUACCUUGGCGCUCAUCGAGUAGCCGAUCAGUUGCGGUUGCGACCGCCUUGAAGAGCGUGCAGUGAACGACAGAAGGUCAGACAUGUACGAUAGCGAAGUUGCUGAAGAGGAGGUGUCAGAUAUAUCUGUAUGAUACGACUUGGCGCACAGAUUUGCGAAGGACUGUGUUGCCUCAUAUGGCAGCUCCAGGCGCGGAGCUCGUGAUAGCGUACACCCAAGCUCUGAAGUCAUUGGCCGAGCUCUACGCCCGCAGAACAACUCCACCUCAACCCGCCCAAGCACCUGGUCGUAUGUGUUGACUCAGAUGCAGGCGCCCUAUCUAUGUACACUUGCGUCGCUUUCGAUGCUAUAGCUGGACUUGCCGCCUAGCGUGACCUCUGUUGACUCUGGACAUCUUCUCCCAUUUUUUACUACUGAGAUAGGAUAGCCACCAUCAUGACACCAAUCUUCAUACUUUGCCUCCUCUUCCUAUCAGGUCUAACUUACCUC